AUGGGCAAGCUCAAUCCUGAUCUCUCUUCCUCUCGCCGCAAGAGCCGCAAGGCCCACUUUGCCGCCGCGUCGAGCGUUCGCCGCGAGCUCAUGACCUCGUCGCUAUCAAAGGACUUGAGAACCAAAUAUAACGUUCGCUCGGUCCCAGUACGAAAGGACGACGAGGUCUUGAUUGUGAGGGGAAAAUACAAGGGUCGUGAUGGAAAGGUCACCCAGGUCUACCGUAAAAAAUGGAUCAUCCACGUCGACCGAGUGCACCGUGACAAGGUCAACGGCUCGACGGCCCCCAUUGGCAUCCAUCCAAGCAACGUUGUUAUCACCUCGUUGAAGUUGGACAAAGACAGAAAAUCCAUCCUUGAGCGCAAGGACCGAAAGAAGAAUGCGGAUACUGAAAUGGCAGAGUAA